CGUCCGGAGGUGUGUCCCCUCCUGGCUUCCAUACAUCCCGAUGUUUUUUACCACCUGAUGCCGGCUAGCAGGCUAACAGCUAGCAGCGACCGCAGGUCUGAGGCAGCGGGACAGCGACUCGGUGUCAGCGGACCCUGAUAGCAUCCACCUCCUCCCGAGACCCCCCUCCGCCCCCAUCUGUGCGCUUUGAACCAUUCUCCGCACUCCGCUUUUAUCUGUGCGACUUUUGCCCCGUGUAUCCGCUCGCCUGUUAGCUGAUAGCGGUCGUAAAGCGGCUCCUCUCCGCGGAGCGGCGGACAGCAGCGGGAUGAGCCAUGGCGUCGGUCCGGGUGGCUGUGCGGGUCCGGCCCAUGAACAGGCGGGAGAAGGAUCUGAUGGCAAAGUGCAUCAUCGAGAUGGAAGGAACCAAAACCUCCAUCACCAACCUGAAGAUCUCCGACGGCGUUCUCGGCGACUCGGUGAGGGAGCACACCAAAACCUUCACGUACGACUUCUCCUACGACUCGAUGGACUGUAAGAGCGCCACUUUCAUCUCUCAGGAAAAGGUUUUCAAAGAUUUGGGCUCCGACGUGCUGAAGGCGGCGUUCGAGGGCUACAACGCCUGCGUCUUUGCCUACGGUCAGACGGGCUCUGGGAAGUCCUACACCAUGAUGGGAGCGCCGGGCGACGCCGGCCUGAUCCCGAGGAUCUGUGAGGGUUUGUUCAGUCGGAUCUCGGAGGCCACUCGAUGGGACGAAGCUUCGUUUCGCACAGAAGUCAGCUACCUGGAGAUCUACAACGAGAGGGUCAGAGACCUGCUGAGGAGGAAGUCCACUCAGACCUACAACCUGAGGGUCAGGGAGCAUCCGAAAGGCGGGCCCUACGUGGAAGAUCUGUCCAAACACCUGGUGCAGAACUACGGUGACGUGGAGGAGCUGAUGGAGGCCGGAAACAUCAACCGCACCACCGCCAGCACCGGCAUGAACGACGUCAGCAGCCGCUCGCACGCCAUCUUCACCAUCAACUUCACACAGGCCAAGUUCGAUGCCGAGAUGCCCAGCGAAACCCUCAGUAAGAUCCACCUGGUCGAUCUGGCCGGCAGCGAGCGAGCCGACGCCACCGGAGCCACUGGUGUCCGACUGAAGGAGGGCGGGAACAUCAACAAGUCGCUGGUCACCCUGGGCAACGUCAUCUCUGCUUUAGCCGACAUGUCGCAGGGCGGCGUGAACACCAACCUGAAGAAGAAGUCGGUGUUCGUUCCCUACAGAGACUCGGUGCUGACGUGGCUGCUGAAGGACAGCCUGGGCGGAAACUCCAAGACCAUCAUGAUCGCCACCAUUUCUCCCGCCGACGUAAAUUACGGCGAGACGCUCAGCACUUUGCGCUACGCCAACCGAGCCAAGAACAUCAUCAACAAACCCACCAUCAACGAGGACGCCAAUGUCAGGCUGAUCCGAGAACUGCGGGCUGAAAUCGCCCGGCUCAAAGCUCUGCUGGUCCAGGGCAACCAGAUCGCUCUGUUGGACUCGCCCACCGCUCUGAGCAUGGAGGAGAAGCUGCACCAGAAUGAAGCCCGGGUCUUGGAGCUGACUAAAGAGUGGACCAACAAAUGGAACGAGACUCAAAACAUCCUCAAGGAGGAGACGCUCGCUCUGAGGAAAGAGGGCAUCGGCGUGGUGCUGGACUCCGAGCUGCCUCACCUCAUUGGCAUCGACGACGACCUCCUCAGCACCGGCAUCAUCCUCUACCAUUUAAAGGAGGGGCGGACCUACGUGGGCAGAGAGGACGCGUCCACAGAGCAGGACAUCAUCCUGCACGGUCUGGACCUGGAGAGCGAGCACUGCAUGUUUGAGAACCAGAACGGGACGGUGACUCUGGUGCCGCUCGCCGGAGCUCAGUGUUCGGUCAACGGAGUCCAGGUGAUGGAGCCGUCGCAGCUGAACCAGGGCGCCGUCAUUCUGCUCGGCAGGACCAACAUGUUUCGCUUCAACCAUCCAAAGGAGGCGGCCAAGCUGCGGGAGAAACGAAAGAGUGGCCUUCUCUCCACAUUCAGCCUCUCCAUGACCGAUCUGUCCAAGUCCUGCGAGAACCUCUCCACUGUGAUGCUCUACAACCCCGGUCUCUUCACUGAGAAGGGCCCCGUCUUCCUCAGGUUGGAGUUUGAGCGACAGCAGCGAGAAGAGCUGGAGAAGCUGGAGAUGAAGAGGAGGCUGAUCAAAGAGAUGGAGGCCAAGCAGCAGAGCGAGAAGGCGGAGCUGGAGCGCCUCCAGCAGGAGGUGGAGAGUCAGCGCAAGGAGUCCGAGGAGGUGCAGCAGCGGAUCCUCCGCCAGGAGGAGAGCCUCCACCGCCGCAGCCAGGACAUCGAGAGCCGGCUGCGAGAUUUCCUGGCUGAGAAGGAGCGCUUCGAGGAGGAGAGGCGCUCCGAGAUCAAUGAGGUGGAUCUCCAGCGGAGGCGACGGCGGAAGGAGCCGCAGGAGCGCGAGGCAGACCGUGCGGAGGAGCGGGAUGAGCAGCAGCGGAGGCACCAGGAGGCGGCAGAGCAGACGGAGAUCUACCGCGAGCUGGAGCGGCUGAAGAGGGAGCGCGAGGAGCAGCGGGUGCGUCUGGAGACGGAGCGGCGGCGGCUGGAGGAGCAGGAGCGCGAGCAGCUGAAUCUGGUGGGGCGGCUGGAGGAGCAGCUGAGGGAGAAACACGAAGCCGCCACUGCCCUGCUGACCCGGGAGGAUGCCCGCCGCCUGGAGGAAGAGCAGCGGGCGCUGGCAGAGAUCAGAGAAGCCCUCCUCCGCGCCAAAGAGGCCGCCGAGCGGCCGGACGUGGAGGACGCUGGCGAGGAGGCGCGGGCCGCCCAGAGCCGCUACGCUGACUUCAAGGUGGCUCAGGUGAAGGAGCUGGGCCUGCUGGAGGAGGGGCUGCGGCAGCAGAGGGAGCGCCUGGAGAAGGAGGUUGCCGCAGAGCGCGGCGCCCUGCUGCUCCUCACCCACAGCCUGAGAGAGCGCCAGCAGCACCUGAAGGACACGCAGGAGAAGGGAGCGCAGGACGCCACCGCUGUCUGCCACGAGGAGCAGCUGCUCCGACAGGCGGAGCACAGGCUGCAGCUAAAGGAGCGACAGCUCGCCAACCUCGCUGACGGCCUCCUCCCCGCCCUCGCCGAGGAGAAGCAGAGAGCCUCGGAGCUGCUGGAGCGGAGCGGCAACGGGAACUGCGACCGACCUCCGGGGCUCGACAACACGCUGUUCCAGGUGGAGAAGGAGCUGGAGGACAAAGAGGAGAAGCUGAGCCUCCAUUGGCACAGCGCCCGGCAGCUCCAGCAGCUCCAGGAGACCUACGAGUUCACGGCCAAUGUGGCGCGGCAGGAGGAGAAGGUGAGGAGGAAGGAGAAGGAGAUCCUGGAGUCAAAGGAGAAGCAGCAGAGGGAGGCGAUGGAGCAGGCCGUGGCCCGGCUGGAGAGGAGGCACUCCGCCCUGAGACGAAGCGUCUCCCUCGAGCCCGACUCCGAGGAGCAGAGAAGCAAGAGCUCCGUCGCCAGGACCCCGAGGACGGGGGCGGAGCUGGACCAGCAGAGAGUGCAGCGUGAGAUCCAGAAGCUGCGGCAGCGGAUCAGCGAGGGCGACGACACCAGCCGGACGCACUCCAUCAGCAGCGACGAGCGGGCGGGUCAGACCCACAUCCAGGGUCUGAACACGCUGCUGCCGCUGUCCGACGACAGGAUAAACGCCUACAUCGAAGAGGAAGUCCAGCGGCGGCUACGGAAGAUGAACCUCCUGAACGGCAGCAGCAUGGAUCUGUCUCUGUCCACAGAAUCGCUGCGAGAGGAGGAGGAGGAGGAGGUUAGCGACUGUAGCUCUGUUAGAUUGACAGAUGAGGAGGAUGAAAAGCUCCCAAACAUUAAUCCAAGGAAGCUCAAGUAUCAGAGAGCCAGAGGGUCUAGCUUCCAGCAUUCCCUGGAGUUUGAGGCAGUCUGUCCUAAUGUCCACAAAAACAUGUCAGAGGAACCAGAACGUGGUCUCAUACAGAUUCAAAGAGAAGAAAUGCAAGAAUCUACAGAGGAAGUCUUCAUUGAAAAAGUGGAAGUUCCUAAAAACAAUGACCUCAGCAAAGGAGAAGUGGGCCGAGCAGUUUGUGACCUCAACUGUUUGAACUCUGAACACAAAAUUGAGCAAGAAGUGCACCCAGAACAGCACAGCAACAAAUCUGAUGGAAGUGAUUCCGCCUGCUGUGUUGAUGAUGAUCGUGGUAAAAAGCAGGAGGUUCACGAUGGACGCUCUUAUUCUAACUCGGAGGAAAAGGUUGAAUCCCAAACAUGUGAUUCAGGGAGAGCAGAAGAGACGAAACUGCCCACUGAUCAUUCCUCAAAGUCACGCAGCUUUAACAGUGGUUACAUGAGUUCAAUGAUUCAGUGGUUACAAGUAAGUCAGCAGCAGAUGAUGGGAUCCUUUAUUGGUCAAACAAAACCAGAACUGGAUGCAGAAGCAGAGAAAGUGACAGCCAAUAAGAGCUUUGUCUUCGGCUACUUUGCUGACAAACUGUCCGAGGUGUAUAAAGAUGCUGGUAGAAAGCUUCAGGGCACACGGGACAUCAUUCGAAACGUUCAAGCAGGUGACAUGAAGGUUGUCCUCUCUCAGUACGUGAGCACGAUAUCCAAAGAGCUGCCGCUGAUUCAUCAAACACGGCUUCACCAAGAGCCAAAUCCUUCAAUUGCAGCCGGGCACAAAGGCACUUCGGUAGAUCUGUCGAAGGAUUGUGCGCUGAGGCUUCCACAGAAUUGUGGAGCUCCGCCGAUCCCGAACAUCUCUGGUUGGCCUGAAGGAUCCGUGUCCUCUUCGAGAGUUAACAGUCCAGAAGUGUUUCAUCAGAGGCUGGUCAAGCUUCCAGCUGUUUUGUCUGAGCUACAGACAUUUUCAUCCCAGAAGAUCCUGGAAAAGUUGGAAUCUCUGGCUCCUCGGGAGAGUUUUGGCAAGGUUUUGAGUCUGUUUUGGCUCAGAGCAGCUAACUGUAAGAAACCCAUCCCAAAACCCGCCUGUCUGCUUUUGUCAGAGACGGACUUAAUCAUUCUCUCAGCGAGGACUGAUUCUACAAACAUGUUGACUAUUUGUCACCGCUUUAAACUCCAAGAAAUCCGGGAGGUCCAGAUAAGUCUGGCAGGGCAGCACCUCCGCCUAACAGGCUGCACCGAAGACACCAUCCUAGCUAUCUUCACGUACAGCAAAGAGCUUACUCAGGACUUCUGCAGGGCUCUACUGAAUGCUCUCUUUCCUGAGAAGAUCCCUGAAGAGACUGAAUGUCACCCAUUGCUCUCUGGCGACCUAAUGGCAAUCUCUCUGGAUUGGACUUCAAGAGUUCCUGACGUCAUCCUUGACAGCGGGCUUCACAUCACUUCCAGAUUUAAGCGCGUCCUCGCCGACUUGCUCUACAUCAUCCACGGGAACAUGGAUGGUCCCGGCAAACCUUCACUUGCUAAUGUCUGUCCCCUGCUCUACACCAGCGUCAAAGUCAAGAACUCUACCUGUGUGCACCGGGACACCAUCUCCCAGUUCCUCCUGACGGACACCCACGUAGCCCUUCUCCAAGAGGAUGGCGUCUUUCAUCCAGUGCCGCGAGGAUCCAGUCUGGUCCCCACCCACCCACAGUUUCAAGGAGUCAAUCUCCGCAAGCGUUCUGACAUCAGGUGCCUGCUCGUGAAGAAGACCGACACCUGCGUGGUGGUAGACUUUGUUUUUAUGAAGCCCAAACCACAAACUGUGAAGAGAGAGGUGCAGUUCAGACGUGGCUCGGCUGACCUUCCUUCUGAUCGAGGUCCGUGUGAAUCCUGGAAAUUAUGCUUUGGCUGCUCCUCAGAAGCUCAGACCCUGAUUAAUCACCUGUGCAUCUGAAGCCCAGCAUUACCUGAACACCUGAAUGAAUGUAGUGUGCCUAUCUUGUGUUUGUCCACAAUCAGACACCUUGUUUAUUUUAAGAUGUUACAUAAAUUCUAAUUAAUAAAUUAGACCAUAAAAGGUGCCUCAUCUUUAAGUAUUUUUCUAAUUUUUUAAAAUAAAAUUGUAAACUUUUUAACCUUUGAUGUUACAGAAAACUAGCUGUUUAUGUAAUCGUCGAAAUGAUUUGCUUGUGAUCAGUGUAGAGGACUGGUUUCCAUGUUCAUAUUACUUCAUGUGUAAUUUCUUUGCAGAGACAUGAUGUUGGGAUGCUGACAGAGUAAUAAAGUUUUUGGUUUGAUUUCUGA